UUACUAAAGUUUUCCCUCCUUGUAUGUUAGUGACGAAUCAAACACGUCGACCUCCAUUAAUUUUUUUUGUUUUUUAAUUUCCUUCAAAGCUUCGAUUUUGACCUUCUGGGUUAAUCACGAAAGAGUUUCCUUUUUGGGUAGCCGCCGCAAUUUUGCCCGGCAGAGGGAAAAAAAACCCCUAGAAUCUGGAAUUUUACGACGAAGAGUGAUAGAGGUUUGGAAAUUUUGGGUAUUGAAUUUGAUUUUUUUUUUUUAUCUCGUUCCAUCUGGAUUCAAAGUAAAAACCCUAACCCUAAAAUUCGUGGUCGAUUGCUUUACUGUUUUGGUCUAUUCUCUCUGUUUUGUUUUCUCUUCGUGUAAACGUUUUUUUCGAGUUUUGGGAUUCUGAGUUAUUUGAGCUAUAUAUAUAUAUAUAGAUAUCUAUCUAUAUCAUCUGUAUAUGUACACACUUGUAAGUAGAAUAGUGAGGAAGAAGGUGAUAUGAGUAGGCUCUCUUUCCGGCCACGGCCAUUGGACAUUCAUAAGAAGCUUCCCAUUUUAAAAUCGUUUAAAGACUUUGAAGACGAUGAGACACCAACUUCUACCACUAGAAAUUCUCAGUUGCUUCGUAUAGCUUCCGUCGAGGUUGACAAUGAGGUGGCUCCAGUGCCAAGCAAGAAACCGGCUUCAGAAAUACCAACACCUCAAUUUGUUAUUGUGGAUACAUAUGAAAGGGAUUAUUCUCCUACUUUUGGUCAGCCUGCUUCUUAUCUACGAGCAAGAGGAGCUCGGUCUGAGCUUGGAGAAUUUGUGGAGUAUGAUCUUGACAAUGAGGAUGAAGACUGGCUUUAUGAGUUUGAUAAGGAUAAGAAGGAACUUCCACCUGAAAAGCUUGAGAGCGUUAUUUUUAAACUAGAGGUGUUGGAUCACAAGACGCGGGAAAGAGCUGGAGUUAUUACACCUACUCUCGGUUCUCCGGUUCCUGUGCUUUUGCAGUUUGAUGCUGCUGCUGCUGCUGAUCAGGCACUGCAUUUACUGUCCAUUAAUUAUGGAAUCUUCCAGGCGAUCUUCAACUACUGGAAAGAAAAGCGCAAAAGAUGGCAGAAGCCUAUCUUGCGGCGCUUACAGCCUCCCCCACCGGUUAAUGACACCAAUCCCUAUAAUGUGUUUAGGCCAAGGGAGAAAGUUCACAGACUCCACACACGAAGGAUGCAGAGGAGAGAAAACAAUGUGCAGUCAUUUGAAAAGCUUCGCCAGGUUAGACGCAACCUAGGGCAAGCACAGACCAUUCUGGAGGCUCUCAUUAAGAGAGAAGAGAAGAAGAGGGAUGUCAUGGACAGUGAGGUUAGCCUUCAGAGAAUCCAACUCCAAUACAGGCAUGAAACAGAGCUCUUGGAAGAUAGCUUGGCUCUGCCUGGAUUUCCACCCACUACAACAUCAUACAAAUUUGGCUCAAGCGAUGAUGAACUGAUGGACUCAGAUGAUCACACCAGUACCCGUGUACGCACAAGACCUGCUGUUAUCCCUAAUUCUCGUUACACCAACUUAAAUCUGAAUGCAUCUCAACCCGGAGGCAUGAAACAAGAAGUUAGAAGACGACAGUCGCAGCACGGAUGGCUUCACAGACUGGAUCCUAAUGAACCAGUCAUGCUGUUCACAAAACCGCUGGUUCCCGAUAAACUGGCAGCUGCAGGGAUUGUUCCUCCAGCACCGGAUUCAUCGCCAAGUCGGUUUCAGGGGAGGAUUGGGCGUGGUGGCCGAAUAAUAUUCGAUAGAUGGAAUCCUUUGAUGCAAUCUCACAUUAAUUGCGGAAACUCUUAUUACAUUGCGCCAAAUCACCGAUCUACCAACUUCAAUUGAGAUAUUUCACAAAUCUUUGUUUGUAAAGAGUUUGCGAAAAAGUGAAUGCAAUAACGAUUCUCUGCUAAAAAAAAGUUUUAGCACUUUGUACUCAUUUACUCUGGAUAUUGUUUGUGUAAUCUGUUAUUUUUCGGUUAAGGGAAUAAUCUAGUAAACUAGAUUGUUACCCGCGGUAAACCGCGGAUUAAUUA